AGACUGGAGAGCCUGCCACCUCUGCCCAGUGCUUGUGGUGGGCAGGAAGCCACAAGCUAUAUGAACUGAUUGAGACAGCUGAGAUGGGCUUUUCCUUUAGGAUUGCAUCAGCAGUUGCUGGUUAUAAUUAGAGGGCCACUAUACCACAAGGAUGCUGGGAUUCGAAGAGCUAUGAUGAAAAGCCACUGAGCAUUGCCAAGGAUGGGAGUGGUGAGCAGCAAAAAGCAGGUCAAGGAGAAGGGUAAGGGCCAGUGGAGCCCUGUGAAGGACAGCACCCAGAGCAGAGAGGCCCCUCCAUUGCCACCCCUGCAGACGCGCCCACCAGCCAGCAGGCCCUGCCCGGGCUGCAGGGCACUGAACUGACGCAGAAGGCCAUGUGUUUUUGCUCCAGGUCGUGUUUAAUCACCUAGCUCCUGUACCUCCCGACACACACCCAGAUCAAGAAGACCAUUUUGUGGUGGCUCUGUAUGACUACAUGGCAGUAAAUGACCGUGACCUGCAGAUGCUGAAAGGGGAGAAGCUGCAGAUCCUCAAAGAAUCUGGAGACUGGUGGUUGGCCAAGUCUCUCAUCACGGGAAGAGAAGGCUACGUGCCCAGCAACUUUGUGGCCCGAGUAGAGACCCUGGAAAUAGAAAAGUGGUUCUUUAGAUCAAUCAGCCGGAAAGAUGCUGAGAGGAAGCUUCUGGCUCCAAUCAAUAAUGUGGGCUCCUUUCUUAUUAGAGAGAGUGAGACCAGCAAAGGUGCCUUCUCCCUGUCUGUGAAGGACUCGACCACCCAGGGAGAGGUGAUCAAACACUAUAAGAUCCGUUCCCUGGAUGAAGGAGGCUAUUACAUCUCUCCCCGAAUCACCUUCCCCACGCUCCAGGCCCUGGUGCAGCACUACUCCAAGAAAGGGGAUGGUUUGUGCCAAAAGCUAACCCAACCCUGUGUGAGCCUGGCUCCUCAGAACCCCUGGGCCCAGGAUGAAUGGGAAAUCCCCCGCCAGUCUCUCAAGCUGGUCAGGAGACUCGGGUCUGGGCAGUUUGGCGAAGUCUGGAUGGGUUAUUACAAAAACAACAUGAAGGUGGCCAUCAAGACCUUGAAGGAGGGGACCAUGUCUCCGGAGGCCUUCCUGGGCGAGGCCAACCUGAUGAAAACUCUCCAGCAUGAAAGGCUGGUUCGUCUCUAUGCCGUAGUCACCAAGGAGCCCAUCUACAUCGUGACCGAGUACAUGGCCAGAGGAUGCUUGCUGGAUUUCUUGAAGACGGAUGAAGGUAGCCGAUUGUCCCUUUCAAGACUGAUCGACAUGUCGGCCCAGAUUGCUGAAGGCAUGGCAUAUAUCGAGAAAAUGAAUUCAAUCCACCGAGACCUCAGGGCGGCCAACAUCCUGGUAUCUGAGACCUUGGGCUGCAAAAUUGGUGACUUUGGCUUGGCCCGGAUCAUCGACAACGAAUACACUGCCCAAGAGGGGGCCAAGUUCCCCAUCAAGUGGACUGCCCCAGAGGCCAUCCAUUUUGGGGUGUUCACCAUCAAAGCGGACGUGUGGUCAUUUGGCAUCCUCCUGAUGGAAAUCGUCACUUACGGGCGGGUACCCUACCCAGGAAUGAGCAACCCCGAGGUCAUCCGCAACCUGGAGCGGGGCUACCGCAUGCCGCGCCCGGACUCCUGCCCCCCGGAGCUGUACCACGGCGUCAUCGCCGAGUGCUGGCGGAGCCGGCCCGAAGAGCGGCCCACCUUCGAGUUCCUGCAGUCGGUGCUCGAGGACUUCAACACGGCCACCGAGCAGCAGUACGAGCUGCAGCCCUAGCCGGGCUCUCCGGGACGCGUCAGCACUGCGGGGCUCGGGGGCCCAGCGUCGCAGCUCCGGGAUGGCGUGCGCCUGGGGCCCGACCCGCAGAACUGACACCUCGCGGCUCUAACUCCAGCCCUGCACAGGCUGGAGAGGCUAGGAGGGACUGGUACACCCUUUAUUUAGAAGAGGAAACUGGAGGCAGCCUGGAGGGUGGUCGAGAGCGCGGCCUCCGGGCGGGAUCCAAUCGCAGUCCCACCCUUCUCUGGCUGUGUGUCCUUGGGCAAGUUACUUGGCCUCUCGGGCCCUCCGCUUCCUCCUUUGUACAACGGGAAGAAGAGUGAUAGUACCUACCUCGUAUUCUCCUCGUGAGGAUUACAUUAGGUAACCCAGGUAAGGCGUUCAGAGCCGUGUCUGGCACACGCCUGGCACACAAGCUCUUAAGUGUUUGUCAUGUAAGGCUCCCCUGUGCUGGCACAGGUGACCGGGAGUGACCUGCUCCCACCUGCACGCACCACCUCCCACCUGAGGCUCCCUUUCACCCUCCCCAGAAGCAGAACUGGGUCCUCCCAGAAGUCGGCUCCGAAAACUGUCCACCCACUUCGGCUCUGGGAGGGGAUCCCUGACGUAGACUGAGCUCCAGGACCUUGGGACUUUUCUGUAAUAAAGUCACGAGCUCUGACCUUUUCCGUGUCAUUACUGGUGACAAGCCUGAUCACUGUACCCAUGACGUGCAUGGACGCGUGAGUGGCCCCACUAGGGACUCGAGAAUGACUGUGGGUUUCCGGUGGAGACCAAGUCCCCAGACCCAGAACAGCGGCGACAGACUGUCCCUGCCUUUGAUCAGGGCCGGCAGGUGGCGCUCUCACCUCAG